AUGAAGUAUCAUUACGAAUGCAGCGUAAAAGACAAAGGUUUUCUACCAUUUUAUGGAAUAACAAAGAAUUCCAACGAGUAUUUUUUGGUAUUUGAAUACGCUGAAAAUGGUAAUUUACGCGAAUACUUGCAACGGGAAGAAUGGAAAACAAUGACAAUUGUCGACAAACUUAAAAUAUUGUACGACAUUUUAAACGAUUUAAAAACAAUUCACAGAAAUGGACUAGUACAUAACGGCAUACAUAGUAGGAACAUAUUGAUAACAGCAUCCAAAGUAAAAAGAGCUUACAUUUGUGACCUUGGAUUAACGAAAUCAGAAAAUUCUAAAAAAGAAUACAAGUAUAGAGUUCUGGAAUAUACUGCACCUGAAGUUUUACAACGAAAAGGGCAAACGAAAGCAAGUGAUAUUUAUGCAAUCGGAAUAUUAAUUUGGGAAAUAAUUCAUGGGCAAUGUCCGUUUUCACAUUAUAGCGAUAUUCACGAAAAAAUUAUUGAUGGCGAAAGACCAAAAUUUACUGUAAAAUGUCAUAAAUUAUUAUAUACUUUAACAAAAUGGUGUUGGCAUGAAAAUCCCAUAAGAAGACCAACAAUUGAUUUGACAUUAAAAGUUGUGUUUAAUUUAUUGUGUCAUAAAAAGUUUGAAUGUGAGCUUCCAUGUAGUUAUUGUGAAUUACCAUUGAUACCGUCACCGCAGGGUUCUUUUUGCACGAAUUCAGGGACAGAACAUAGCAGCAGCCUUAGUUACAAAACAUCGUUUUCGGAUGAUGAUGAACCAUUACACAAUGAUUCGAAGACUGACAAAUCUUUUAUAGUUCACUGUCAAAACUAUAUCGAGACCUUAAUAACCAUGCCAAAAGUCAAUGCUAUAUUAAGGAACCCAUUGAAACAUGGAAUUCCGACUCUUGACUUUUUUUGGGAUUGCUAUCAAACUAGCAUAAGUAGUAAUUAUCCAAAUUGA